GCGUUCCAACCACUAAUGGCGCGUUCACUGAGUUUCCGUACGUCGGCGGCGCGUAUUCAGGUGUGUUUAUGGAAUCGAGCGCGCGCGUUCAGGUGUGUUUUAGUUGCGCAGGGAACAAAAGGAAGAUUUGGGUCUCACAAUGAGAGAUUCUGUUACAGACGGGGAGAAUCGGGCACCUAGAAAACAUAGAGAUCACUUGGAAAAUGAUACUCACAAACCCCAUAAUAGAAAUUUGCCAGAGAGUGAUCAGUAUUCAAAGCAAUAUCACGAUGAAAGUACUCAGUCUAGAACCAAACAGGAGAAAAAUAGAAACCAUUAUACUGAGAGAGACCAAACCCAUGAAGAAAGGACUUCGAGUAGGAACCAAGGAGAAAAGAAUAAAAACUGGUCUGAGCAGAGAGAAAAAUACUACAGAGAAAGGGAGACCAGCAGAAACCAACAAGAAAGAAGCCAGGGACGGUAUGAUGACAAGGAUGGGUAUUACAAAGAGAGAGUACAAGACAGGAACAAAAAACAAUAUUUGGAAAAAGAGAAUUACCAAAAAGAACCAGAAAAAGUUAGGAAGAAUACAGAAAGAAGUCGAAAUGAGUUUAUGGAAAGAGAUGAAUACCGUGAAAAUGCUUCAUACAGCAAAGAUCGUCACCAGUAUCCAAUGGAAAACAAAGAACAGGAACGAUAUUAUGCAGAUCAAAGAUCCUUCUCUGUGCAUGGCUCGAAUAUGGAAUAUGUUGAAGACCAUGAGACAGAUGGUGGAAUCUUGGAAUGCCAUAAAUGCAGAUACCUUUGCACUGGUCGUGGUAUACUGCACAUCUUGGAGGUGAUCCUGAACGUUCUGGUUCUCAUAUGUGUAGUAUCCUCCUAUUUCGUUCUUUCAGGAUUCAGUGCUGGAAUGUCAAGUGGUGGUUUUGGAGGGGGAUAUUACCCUUUUGAGGGGCAGGAGCUGCAGGAGGUGCGUCAACUAGACCAGCAGUUUACAGUGAUGCGGGCCCCCCUGCUUUAUGGGGGUUUGACUGUUUGCGUGCUGGUGGGGGCCCUGACCAUGGGUGUUUUGGCUGCUGGAUCCAAACACCUGCUGAGCUUGUCUGGAUUAUAUUUGUUGAUGGAAGCAUUGUUUUGCACUUUAGCCUCCUUGGGCUAUGGAACUGCAGUAGGGGUGUUUUUGCACUUUGCCCUGCAAAUAAACUCCACUGAUGUCUGUAAAAGACGGGAAAGGUUAUAUGGCAGGAAUGGCCUCACCUGGAUGAACUGUGACCUAUCAGGAACAGACGGAGGAGCUGCUGCAUUUGCUAUUAUGCUGGUCAUAUUAUAUGCAGUAAGUGUAGUACUAACUGGCCGUGCUUACAAGCAGAGGAAAUAUCUGCAGAGACAACUUCCAUUUGUACCAGCAGCUGCAGAGAUUACAUUUUAACUUCACUUUAGGAGACCAAAUCUACUGGGACAGCUUAAACUGCAGCCAAUAUAUAUGAAGAUUACAUUUCACAUUACCCUAGAAGUAAAUAUAUUGUACCAUCUCAAAAUUCCAUAUAAAUGUGAAGAAAUGUGAAGAAAAUUGGAACUGCUGAAGACUUGCUGGGCUUCCUUAUGUUAAUUGCCCGCUUCAAGUCCUUACACAACAUUUCAGUAGGAGUAAGGUCAGUACUUUGGCUUCCAAAACAUUCAUUUUCUUCUGCUCGAACCAUUUUUUUGGUAGCUUAACUUGUGUUAGGGUGGUUGGCUUGUUGCAUAACUUUCUCUUGAGCUUCAGUUCAGAGACUCUGUUAGUACAAUUCACUAAAUGGCAGAAUUUGCUGGUAUAAUUAGAAUUAAUAGUUACAUCAAUGAUGGAAAACUGUCUUGUGCCACAGGCAGCAAAGCAGGCCAAAACCAUGAUAUUGUCACCACCAUGAUUUACAGAUGGGAUAAGGUUCUUAUGCGGCAAUGCAGUGUUGCCUUUCACCAAACCUUAUGCUUUUCAUCUAAGCCAAAAGUAAUAUUUGCGUCUCAUCUGUCCACAGAACUUUCUUCUAAUAGCUCCUAGCUUAUCCAUGUGGUCUUACCAAACCGUAGAUGGGUAGCAAUGUAGUAGUUUGGAUACAAGUAUCUUUCUCAUUGCAGCCUCUUCCAUAGAGUUCUGAUGACCCAUAAACACUGAUAUUUGCCACUGCAAUAGAAGCCUUUAGUUUCUUAAACAUUAGCUUGGGGUUCUUUAAGAUCUCCCAAAGUUUCCUACCUUGCCUUUAGUGUAAUAUUUGUGGGACAGCCACAACUGGGGAGGGUAACAAUGGUGUUCAAUUUGCAUCAAUUUGUACACAAUCUGCCGGACAGUGGAGUGGUGGGGUCCAAAAGCUUCAGAAAUAGUUUUGUAACCUUGGAGAGCAUCAAUAGCGGUUUAUCAAACACAUAGUACUUUAUUCCUUUAAAUAAAGCAUUUUCAUAGAAAUAUACUUUUCUAAUAGUACGUGCACUGGAUAAUCCCAAAUUGACUGUUUUCAUAAUUCCUAAAAUCAACCCUUUGGCUACUGUGAGUCACUGUGCUCACACACAAACAAAUUAUUGUAAAGAAAAAUAAUUUUCCUUUAAGAUCAGACUUGGAUAGGGAAGAGCCUCCAACACUGCUGAACCCCAAUUAGAAACGUGUUCGUAAAUAAAAUUUAGCAAUAGGCUUAAACUAACAGAAAACAUGUUUUGAACUUAAUUUGAUCGGUCAGCAUAAUUUAAGUUAAUGCUGCUUCCACCCAGCCUUAUGUUUUGUUUGGGUUUUUUUUUGCUCCUUUUAACUGUACUGAUUGGUUGAUCAGUCAGGUAGGUACAAAGCAGCUUAUCAGAAGAUCCAUGUAUAAAGUUAGUAGGUACAUUCUGAUUACUACCUGCUUCAAUAUACAUCCUUUACUUUCUGGACUCAAAGGCUAGCAGUGCAACAUGUAGUACGUUAUUCCUGUGCCUUACGGAAAUACUUUGUGUGUGAAUUGUUUUUUUGAUCACUUGUCAUUUCACUGCAGUUUUCUUCAUCGUAGAGAUAAAAAACGAGAAAACGUAUCGAUAGAGAAGCACUUGUUUUUACAUUCUUGGACAAACAAUAUGUGGGUGUUUUGUGACUGAUGUCCUAAGGAUUUCAAAUUCCCCACGUCUGUCAAUCAUUUCAAUAAAGUCUGCUCCCAUUUUUUUGUAUCUGUGUGUAACAGGCAUCAAUAAAUGAGGGUAGUCAAAGGUUUAAAGCAGUGUUUAACCUUUCUUUGAAUGGGACUCAAAGAGGUGUGUGAUACAAAUUGUGGUUAGAAUUGUGUAUUAUGAACUUUUGAGUACUGUUUUUUGUUUUUGGACAUAUCGCUGUGUAAAAUGUUGGUUAAAAUAAGAGCUUUUCUAAACCAUGCCACAUCUUAAAGGUGGCCAUACACGCACAUAACUUAUCGAAAAAUCACAAUUAAAGCAUUUCUCUGUUAUUGAAAUAAAAAUGUAAAAAAAUACAGAAGUGUGAAGGUUUUAAUUAAGAUUUGAUCUGCUUUAUUGUAGCAGCAACAUUGAUCGCGAUUGGCUCAGUUCUCUUAGAGAAAGAAAAAAACACACAACAAACAUGACUGGAAUUGUCACAUUCACCAUCAAACUCAAAGAAUUGUGUUGAAAGAUUCAUACACAUACUCCCAUACAAAGCAGCCUGUAAGAUACCUGGAUAUACUAAUGUUAGCAACAAUCCUGCGACAAAGGGCGUAAAGAAGCAUUCUUUUAUAAUAAAUACAAUUAUUAUUGUCUUCUAAAAGAGAAAUACUUAUCUUUAAGAUGCGUUUCAUUUUUUUAGAUUAGAGCGUCAUUUAUUGAUCAGAUACAUCUCCAGCAACAGACAGUAUGUUGGCAGCUUCUACAAGCCAAAAGAUUUUCUAGAGUAACUGAACCUGCAGUACUACAGUCAGUGACCAUCACCAUAAGGGAGCAAAAGAAAUGUGCCUCUUCCUCUGCGUGAGUGCAAGACAACCAUUGUGACGGAAUCUUUUAAAAGCAUCUUAAAGAUAAUUUUUUUUUU